AUGGCCGAUCGGUGGGAAAUGCAGGACACGAAGUCCCUAUCUAGAAAGCAUAACUUCAACGAAGGGCUCGAUGGCAAUGGCCAAGGGAUUCAAGACCCCGUUGAGCCAGGCUCAAAUGAUAUAGAUGAACGAACCACUCAGGAUUACAAGACAGCCAUUGAGCGCAGCAGGGCCUUCGGAGGCGAACGAAUUCGCCACGCAAAGCCCAAGACCAACAAAGGCUACAAGGAAAGCUCGGAUGAGGAGGAUAUUGAUAUCUCCUGGCGGCCUGAUCCGUCUGGCCAUCCGCACAGGACCUUUUAG